AUGUCUUCUUCCUCACUCAGCGCCCAUCCUCAGUCGGAUUCUUCCUGCUCGCGGUGGUCUUGUCGCCGUCGUCUCGGCGUCAUUGUCUCGAAGGUCAGUGGCUUUGAUUACACAGAAAAAACCAAUUACUUGAAAUACUUGCACACAAACAUGCCCAGUCCUAACAACAGCUUCCCAAUGGAUUUUUCAUUGGGUCCUAUUCCUAUUCACAGAACCUUGGUUGUAAUCAUGGAAACAACUAUGCAUGCUUCUGUAGGUGAGGAUCUGAUAUCUGUGUUUCAAUCAUUGAUAUCAGAGGGAACUGUGUAUAUUUUUACAUACUUUGGAGUUAGCAACGACUGUCGGUUGUAUCGCACAACAUCGCAUCAAUUUCGGUUGUUUUUUCAAGAUAGAACUACUGUCUUACCCUCUUUUUGUGAUGCAAUACCAUUAUAUGGUAUUAAGUUGGUCCCUUUUAGGGAAAUUAUGGGAUACUCUUCUCAUCAUCCUUUUUUGGUUGACGUUGGUGGAGUUAUGACCGGUGUAGAGGGUGAGAGAAAAUAUGUGAACGAUGUCAAACUUAUUAACAUGAUGGUCAUUCAUAUUGAGAAUGACGGCGUGUACUAUAGAGAGAUCUCGCAGUACCUAUCUGUGAUUUCUGGCAAACCGGCAUAUCUUGAUGAAGAUGAGGUUUUAUAUUCCACUAGGAGGAAGACAAUAAAGGAGUUACGUGCGGUUGCGGAUGUUGGAUUCUAUGUUGUUCGGGCCACUGUUCUUGAUGUUGAACCCGUUUCAAGUUGGUGGUAUAAAUCAUGUCUUUGCAGCGUGAAGGCAGAAGCUAAUGCGGAUGAAUACUUCUGCGACGGCUGUAAUAGGGACGUGAAUAAUGUGGUUGACAGGUAUAAGUUGAAUUUGUUGGUUUUUGAUGGUACUGCUACAACGAAUUUCGUUGUGUUCGAUAAGGAGGUCGUAGCUCUAUUCGGACGAACCUGUACUGAGAUGGUGAAAGAGUUGAAUAAAAAAGGGGAAGCAAGCAAAGAUCCUAUUGGUUUUAAUGAGUUUUUCCUUGAUAAGGAGUUUCUAUUCAAGGUCGAAGUAGAAACUACUGGAUGGUGCGAUUCUUAUGAUGUAUCGGUGAUACGUUCUGAUUCCGAGGUGGAGGGACAAUCAAGGCCCGGUAAAAUCUGA